AAGUUCACUGAGCCGGGUGCCUCACCAGCACAGCUCCAAGAAGUGGAUCCCUCCUGGAGGGACGGUGGAUGUGUGUGGCCACGAGCACCCCAGCCAUCGCCAGCCUUCCUCUGGGUGACCUUGGGUGAGGCUCUGCUUGCCUGGAGAGCUGUUGAUUUACAAUGCAGAUUCAUCACUCCUCGCCUGCCUGUCCCUGCCCCUCCUAAAUUGGGCUGGGAUAUAAGAGGUUGUUUGCUCUCUGAUGCCAACAGUGGCCAUGGCAGAACGCCCUGCCACGUGAGAGGCAGAGAUAGAGGAGARGGGGCCAAGGCGGAGUGAACUGUGCAGCUGCUUUUGCUUCUGGUAGCUGAGAAGCACAUCUGUGGGAUCAUGUCCAUGCUGAACUCCGUCCUGCAGCCCCCAGAGGUGAAGGAGUACCUGUGCAAGGGAGAGCGCUUCAUCAAAUGGGAUGAUGAAACAUCAACUGCUUCUCCUGUGAUUCUCCGAGUGGAUCCCAAAGGCUUUUACGUGUACUGGACCCAUCAGAGCACGGAAAGGGAAAUUCURGAUAUCACCAGCAUCAGAGACACCCGAGUGGGGCGAUUUGCCAAAAUACCCAAGUCCCUGAAGCUCCGAGAGGUUUUUAAUUUGGAUUACCCUCACAGCACCUUCCUGCUGAAGACCCUGACAAUUGUGUCUGGCCCUGACAUGGUUGACCUCACUUUCCAUAACUUCGUGUCCUACAAGGAGAAUAUUGGCAAGGACUGGGCUGAGGAUAUUAUGGCCAUCGUUCGGAAUCCCCUCACAUACAAUGCUCCCCGCUACACCUUCCUAGAGAAAAUUCUGGUGAAGCUGAAGUUGCAGCUGAAUGAAGAGGGGAAGAUUCCUGUCAGGAAUAUUUUUCAGAUGUUCCCUGCAGACAGGAAGAGGGUGGAAGAAGCAUUAAGCGCUUGUCAUCUGCCAAAUGGCAAGAAUGAUGCCAUCAACCCUGAGGACUUCCCCGAGCCUGUGUACAAGACGUUUCUCAUGAAUCUGUGUCCACGGCCCGAGAUUGAUGAGAUAUUUACCUCACACCAUCUAAAAGCAAAGCCCUACAUGACCAAAGAGCACUUGGCAAAGUUCAUCAAYAAGAAGCAGCGCGACACCCGCCUCAAUGACAUCCUCUUCCCACCAGCCAAACCUGAGCAAGUGCAGAGCCUGAUAGAGAAGUAUGAGCCCAGCGGGUUUAACAUCCAGAGAGGGCAGCUGUCUCCGGAGGGGAUGGUCUGGCUCCUCUGUGGCCCCGAGAACAACCUGAUAGUGCUGGACAAGCUGAUGCUGUACCAAGACAUGACCCAGCCGCUCUCGCACUACUACAUCAAUUCYUCACACAACACCUAUCUGACAGCUGGGCAGUUUUCUGGGAUGUCCUCUCCUGAAAUGUACCGCCAGACGCUGCUGGCUGGCUGCCGCUGCGUGGAGCUGGACUGCUGGAAGGGCCGGCCCCCGGACGAGGAGCCCAUCAUCACCCACGGCUUCACCAUGACAACUGAGAUCCUCUUCAAGGAUGCUAUCGAGGCCAUUGCAGAAAGUGCUUUUAAAACAUCUCCAUACCCUGUGAUCCUGUCCUUUGAGAACCACGUGGACUCGCCCAAGCAGCAGGCAAAGAUGGCUGAGUACUGCCGAACCAUUUUUGGAGACAUGCUGCUGACAGAGCCGCUGGAGAAAUACCCACUGAAGCCAGGAGUUCCUCUGCCAAGUCCUAAGGAUCUCUUAAGGAAAAUCUUGAUUAAAAACAAAAAGAACCAAUCUUUGUCUGGGAAGAGGCAGAAUUCUUUGAAGAAAGGGAGAAACAUGGAACCAGAAACCCUAGAGCAGCCAAACUCUGUGGAUGCUGAGGAUACUGUCUGGGCAGGUGAUGUGGCUGAAGAGGAGCCAGAGGAAGAGGAYGAACAGCUCAGAAACCUGGAUGAAGAGGAAAUUAAGAAAAUGCAGUCAGAUGAGGGCACAGCUGGCCUGGAAGUGACGGCGUACGAGGAGAUGUCCAGCCUGGUUAACUACAUCCAGCCCAUCAAGUUUGACUGCUUCGAGGUCUCUGCCAAGAAGAACCGCAGUUACGUCAUCUCUUCCUUCACUGAGACGAAGGCUUGCGAUCUACUGAGCAAGUUCCCCGUGCAGUUUGUACAGUACAACAAACGGCAGAUGAGCCGCAUUUACCCCAAAGGCACCCGGAUGGACUCCUCCAACUACCAGCCCCAGAUGUUCUGGAAUGUUGGCUGUCAGAUGGUGGCACUCAACUUCCAGACCAUGGAUGUCCCCAUGCAGCAGAACAUGGCCCUGUUCGAGUUCAAUGGGCAGUGUGGGUACCUGCUCAAGCACGAGUUCAUGCGGCGCCCCGACAAGCGGUUUGACCCCUUCUCUGUGGACCACAUUGACGGGCUGGUGGCCACUACUGUCUCUGUCACGGUGCUGUCGGGUCAGUUCCUCUCGGACCGCAGCGUGAAGACCUACGUGGAAGUGGAGCUCCUUGGGCUGCCAAGGGAUGCCAAACGCAAACACAGAACCAAACUGACCUCCACAGCCAACUCCAUUAACCCYGUGUGGAAAGAGGAGGCUUUUGUUUUUGAAAAGAUCAUGAUGCCUGAGUUGGCRUCUCUCAAAAUUGUGGCUUGGGAAGAAGGAGGGAAGUUCAUUGGCCAUCGUAUCAUUCCCAUCACCGCACUGCACCCAGGCUACCACCACGUGUGCCUGCGCAGCGAGAGCAACAUGCCACUCACCCUGCCYGCCCUCUUCGUGUUCCUGGAGAUCAAGGACUACGUGCCGGAUGCUUGGGCAGAUCUCACAAUUGCCCUCUCCAACCCCAUCAAGUUCUUCAACCUGCAGGACAAGCGCUUGAUGAAGCUCAAGGAUUCCUCAGGAGAGAAGCCUGGCACACAGACAAACGUCCCAGCUGCUGAGACUAACGGGGUGGCAGACUCCMCUGGGAAACCCAGCAUUCUUCCCUCCAAUGGGUCCACAGGAGCAGCUGUGUUCACCAAGGAUGAAGCUGUGCUAGAAGUGAUGCAGAUGGCAGAGCCUGAGACAAUCGGCCUUGCUGAGCUGCAGCAGAUGAAACGCUUCCUGAAGCUGCUGAAGAGGCAGGAGAAGGAGGUGAGGGAGCUGGAGCGGAAGGGAAGCAAACGAAGGGAGGAGCUGCUGCAGAAAUACUCUGUGCUCUUUUCGGAGCUGGCCUGCUCUGGGGGCAAGAAAAGGAUGCUACACACAAGGAAAACCCAGAAGAAGAGGAGUGGGACCCCAGCUGACGUUGGUACCUGUGCAAAUCCCGUGCAAGUGGCAGAGAACAUCGAUUGCUACCGGCUCAUGGAGCUCAGGGAGAGGCUGGAGCUGGACCUCACCUGCCUUGGGGAGGAGCACCACAAUCGGAUCCGAAGGAAGAAAGAGCAGCACACCACCGAGCAAGUUGCCAGGAUCCUGGAGCUGGCCAGGGAGAAGCAGGCAGCUGAGCUGUGGGCGCUGAGGGAGACGUCGGAAAGAAACAUUAAAGACAUUAAGAAGCAGAUGGAGGCAAAGCGAGUGGAGCGGGUCCAGGCCAUGCUGAGGAAUACCAGUGACAAGGCUGCUCAAGAGAGGUUGAAGAAAGAAAUCAAUAACUCCCACAUUCAGGAAGUGGUGCAGACAGUCAAACGGGUGUCAGAGAAGACUGGCAGGUUACAGCAGAAACUKGAGGAGAAGCAGGCAGCAAGUCUGCAAUCCAUCAAGGAGAGAGAAAGCCAGCUCCAGCAGCAGGUUGUGAUGGAAUAUGAGGAGAAGCUGAGAGCUCUGAAGAUGGAGGUUCAGGAGAUAGUGAGGAGCUACACCAGAGCCAGCUUUCCUGGAGAGCCACAGACUGACAAGGAAGCAGGUCAAAGCAUUCCUGAGGGAGAACAAGGCUCUCCAGACCAAUUGGAAGCAAACAUCCCAGUGGCAGAGGUGUCCAGGCUCACACUGACAAUGACUGAGACCUUGGGAGCUGGAAUGGAUGUGGAGAUAGAAGAGAGCAUAUUCUGAGAUGAGUUCCUUACCGCUCAUUGCAAAAAUGUGUUUGGUGAAGUAACAACCAGCUUCACGAACUACUGCUCUCCCUUUCCAUUCUGGGGAGUUCCUGAAAUCCUGCAGGAAUGUACCAUGGUAUCCCAGAUAUCUGGAAGUAGUCUGGAGAGCUCACCCUUCAGAGUACUUCACCCUCUGUCUUCUCCAGCCUGAGCUCYGAGGCAUUUCAGCAGUGGGAAAGGGUCUGUGCCUGCAGCCCUGCUCUCUGUUGGCAUCACAGCAGCAGCUACAGGAAUAUUUACUUUGCAUUCAGACCAGUUUUUAGGGUCAGUUCCCUCAUCAUUCCUCACAUGCACCCCUUCACAUCAAUCCAACUCAUCCCAACAUCUUCCACAACGUUCAAUGAAACAGCAAUAAAGCAAACMAAAAACCCUAAACACUGAUAGAGACACCACAGGUGGGGUGGAGGUGGAAAGGGGGCUCAAUCACAGUAAACCACACCAGGCUGUGGAUGCUACAGGAGAACAGUUACACCUCAAGCUGCAUUAAUAAACAGUUACAAAUGCUGCUAUAAAACAACCAAACCCCAGCUCAAGCAGGUAUGAGACAGGAUAUUCCAAGCCUAGUCUGAACACCCAACAAGAAUCCACACCUCUCUGUGUUGUCACCAGAGUACUGGAAUUAGGGAUUGUACAUUUCUGACCUAUUUAUUUUCUAAAAAAAAAAACAAAACAAAAAACCAUUGCUUUUCUCAAACAAUGGGGUCACUUGUUACUUAGCUGCAGUUAGCACAUGUGUCUGUUUGUGACACUGUUAUCCCCAUUUAUCCCCUGGACCCACGGCACUCCCCAUUCUCCAGGGGAAGGGUGGGGUUUGUCUUACUAGACUCCACAAUGUCAAAUUCACCAGCCUCAUUUGAUUCAGGGUCAUUUGGUUGCCACUGGUUAAAAAACAGGGGCCUCUAGACAAUGAUUUGUCCUGUUCCAAAAUAAAUGGAAUAAUAAACUACUGUAGUCAACAUCAGAGGCCUGAUGGAGGACAGCCACCAUUACAGAUAAACCAGUGUAACUGGGACAUGACAGCACUGCCAGACUCCCUGUUUGAUUCAGCAAAUUGUUCAUAUAAAUACCAUGUGCCUUCUUCAAAGGACUCCUGGAUGCUGAUUGCCAGGGCUAUGGCAGCAGGGAAAAGACUCCACAGCAGCAAAGCUGACAGGAGGGAAAAUAAAAGGGAAGGAUUCAGGGAAAACAUGACAGAGAACAGCAGCAGACCCUGAGACACAAGUGUACUCUUGUAGAAAAGGAAAGAUACUCAGAGAAAACACCAUCUCUGAGCAUAAUAACACACUGAAUAGGCUCUGAGCUCACCAGAGAAGAGGUUACACCUUGAUGUACAGUCAGAUCUCACUUAGCAUACAUGAAAUCCUGAGCACUACUGCAAUGCAAAUUCCAAACCUGCUCUGUAUCCUCCUUCUCCUGCCUUGUUCCUGGGGAAUGAGCUGCUGGCCCUGGAGAUGGAGCUUCAAUCUUUCAGCUAAUCUAGGUUUAUCUCAGGAUUUAUGUUUUGAUUCCACACUCAUCUAAGUAAUGGAGCAGUUAAUUGGUGCUGUGCCAUGCAUAAACUGCAAGAGAGCAACGUAAGAAGCAGGAAUUAAAUUCCACACUGGGUAGGAAGAUGGAUCCUUUCUGCAUUCCUCACAAAUAUGAUAAUGAGAUUUUAAAAUUUUAUCAGAUAAUUGAAUGCAAUUUUUCCAGGGCCUUCCCUCACUGUGUUUUUAGCCAGAUUUGGGCUAAAGUAUAAAAAGGUGUUAAAUGCUAAAACUUAAAUGACUCCUGUCUCCAGGAAACCUUUGUUUCAGGACUUAGGAUCCAGGCUCCUGCUCCACUCUCUUCUUGUUUUAGAAGCCACAGAACAGGAAAGUCAGACCAGAAUCCAGGCUCACACUCCCAUCUCUGAACUACAGACACAUUUUUAAGCAUCUCAGCACUAUAACAGGCUUAUGAAUAAAUCAAGAACUACUUUAAU